CGCAGCAGAUGCAGUGCGUGAAGAGCAAGAGCGACAGAAAGCAGAUGACGAAAACGGCGGCUGAAAAGCGACCAGCGAACGAGCAGUGGAGGAAGGAGCUGAAAAGCGAUCCAAACUGCAGCCAAGCUUUAUUGCAAAAUAAAGAAGUCAAACCUGCUUAAGAGAUGUCCUUCCUUGGUGGUCUGCUGAACCCGAGCGACGACAGUAAGAGACUGUCACAACGUCAUCGAAUGGGUGCUACAAAUUCACAAGGAUGAGGACGCUGUGUCCGUUAGAAGAAGACGAGCCGCCGAUAAAAAAAACUUGAACUCCUGAGCUGCCGUCAUGAAGCACAAAGCUACCUACGCCGCUGUCCUCGUGGUCCUCGUGCUGACGUGGAACGUGUCCAAGAACGUCCGGCAAGGAGCGAGACAACUUCUGGGAGUGAGAAGUGUGGAGCAAAUUAAAGUUAAAGUGCAGCCAGAAACUUCUUCGCCAAAGUGCGGCCUGUCCAGAUUUUGCCCUUCUCAGCACUUUGCCGUUUAUGUGCGCAGCGGAGCCGCCGACGUAGUCGGCCCAAAGAUCUGCUUUGAUGGUCAGAUCAUCAUGAGUCACGUGCUCAACAACGUGGGACCCGGCCUCAACAUCGUAGUCAUCAAUGCUGCAGUACAAGCAAGACAUCUGUUGGUUUUCAUCUCCAUCUCACUCAAAAACUGGCGUGUCAAACGUACGGCCCGAGGGCUGUAUCGGGCCCUCGAUCAGGUUUUGUGCGGCCCACGGGAUGAGUUUGCUAAGUAUGAAAAUUAACCUGAAAUUUUUGAAUGAAAGAAAGAGCUAUUCUAAAUGUGUCCACUGGAUGUCGCAAAAGCAAUUAUUUCUAUCUUCGUAGAUGAUGCUACGUAUGUAAAAAAACAAAAACAAAUGAUGUUUGGACAUCAGUCGAGAAAAAUG